UAGAAACAGACCAUACUACCAACCAUUCGACAUGUUGUGUCUGUUGAUCCUAAUUUUAAGCCUCAUAAAUAGAGCUUAUCUUUCAGAAAUUGUAGCACAGGGAGACACAGUUGUUGUGUUUGGUCAGGAUGCUUCAUUCUCCUGUACGCUGUCAGACGCGUCUAAUGUCAAACAAGUCACAUGGCAGCGGGUACGUGACCAGGAACCGGUACAAACUCUGGCUACAUUCAGCGAGCUCUUCAAGGAUCAUGUGGAUGAUCAAUAUGUCGGAAAAGUCACUUUCACCGCGGUGUCAGUUAAUUCAACAUCUAUUGAGAUCAAAAACGCAACAUUUGAAGACGAGGCUUGCUAUAUUUGUUCCUUCAAAGUGUAUCCAUUCCAACCUAAACGACAAACCUUGUGCCUCGCCGUUAAAGGUAUUUCAGAAAUAACAGCAUCAGUGAAUCCUGCACUCAGUUCUGAUCCAGAUGUUGUAGUCUCAUGUUCAGCCACUGGCAAACCAACUCCAACUAUCCACUGGAAAUCUGCAGAGAAAGAGCUGAACAACUUUAGGUUAAGUAAUUUCACAACACUCAACAAAGACAGCUCAACCACCAUUACAAGCAACCUCACGCUUCCGCUGUCACAGUUUCAUGGGAAGUACGUGGAAUGUGUGGCUCAGAGUGACAGCAUGGAGAAGAGCAGCCAAAUCUAUGUGCCUGAAGUAGAAUAUAAAGUGAACGCUACACCAAGAAGUUACAUCAUUACAGUUUCAGUCCUCAUUGUCAUGGCUGUUGUGGUUAUUGUCAUUAUUGUCAUCUGUUCUCACACCAGACUAAAGAGAGCCACUUUUGGGAUAAAAUCUACUUAUGAGGAACCCCUCAAUCCCCCAAAGGAGGAAUGUUAACUCUACAGCUACCUCAUAGUAUGCAUUUUUGCUCAUGACCUUUGUUAAUAUGAACUUUUGGAUUCUAACCUGUGUGUUCCUUAAAGGAAUCAUGAAUUUUCUGUCUAGUAUUUAUUUAAUUUAUUCAUUUAUGUUUACAUUACUGUAUAGUAUUCCAUUGCAUUAAUAUAAUUAAAUAUAGUUAAAUAUAUAAUGUUUUACCACUAUGUCAGAGUAUUUUGAUCACAGAGAAUAACUAUAUCAUGAACAGAUGAUAUCCAUACUGUAACUUUAUAUUUUCAGGCAUAUACAUUUGCACUUUAUGAAUCUAAUUAAUGUACGGCCAUGCACUAAAUAGUUUUUAAUUGUCGUCUUCUGUUGAGUCUGACAGUAAUUUAUAAAUUCAGCUUGAUAUAAGUCUUGAUGUUUUCCCACAAUCCUUGAUGUUGUACUUUACAGUGGUACAGUAUUGUGUUGAGCAAUGACAGUGAUUUGGGGAAGAAAAACAUAGUUACUCAAUACAGAUAAGCUAAAGGCUGAGAAACCUAGUUUUCAGUAGUGUUAAAGAAAGUGAAAGUUAUGUCUUUAAUGGAAACAAGCUGUUUUGUGGUUUCCUGCACGAAACUCUAAAGGCUGCACAGAGAGAUGACUGCUAUUGUUAGUAUUUAUACUAUUAUAUUGUUAUUUGUUGACUGCAGCCAACUUGCUAGAAGUAAGUGUAUCUAUAUGGCAGGAACGACUGGAAAGUAAAUCAUAAAAGGAUAAACACCUAUUUGUGUUGAAAAGAUUUCUGUGUGAUAUAUUCUUACCUAUGUAUGUUACAGUAUAUUUAUAACCUGUAAUAUGUGAUUGCUCUGAAUUAAAAAUGUGAACCGUUA